AUGUCAAGAGAAAUUUUUAAAAGCUCGUACGGGUAUGAUCUGGCUACAUACGAAUGGAUUCCAGAAGGAGAGAUAAAUUUUCUUGUCUAUCUACUGCAUGGAUACGCAGAGUAUCUCCACAAGUUCUACCUUCCACUGAUCGAACAUUUUAAAUCUCACGGUGGUGCUGUUUUUGGACACGACCAUUACGCACACGGAGAGUCUGGCCCGUACGAAAAGACAAACAGAAAUCGCUGCCAACUGAGAUCUUUUCACGAAUCUGCUGACGAUGUCAUCGAAAGAAUCAAAAUUAUCAAAGAAAAAUAUCCUGACAAGAAAAUGAUAAUUUGUGGUCACUCGAUGGGAGGGCUACUUUCAUGUUUAGUUGCUGAGAAAUAUCAAGUUGAUGGCGCAGUAAUGAUCGCACCAGCACUCAAAAUUCACCCAAACACUGGCCCACCAUGGCUAGUCUUCAUUGGAAAAUGGCUUGGCUUUCUCGUUCCAUUUCUGAAGGUCGCAAAAGUCAAGGCAGAAUACGUCUCCCGCCGGACGGAUGUUGUCGAUUUUUUCAAGACAACGAUCAAAGAAAAGUAUGGCGACAAUGGAGGAUCUACUGCAGGAUUUGGACUAAAGUUGUUGACCGAGCAAGAACGACUUGAAAAAGAAAAGUACAAAAGCAUAACCUGUCCAGUGCUACUGACCCAAGGUACCGACGACUUUUUAUGCGCAAAAGAAGGAGCGGAUUUCGCAGCGGAACACUUUCCCAAUGUUGAAUACAAAGUCUACCAGGACGGAUACCAUCAACUCCAUGCCGAUUUACAACCAACAACCGAAGCUCUUUUCCGCGACAUUACUCUCUGGCUCAAGAAUUUAAAUAUUACUGACGAAUGCGCGGGACCAGGGGAGAAUCCUGAUUAUAACAGAUGUUUCUCUUUCAACCCUGAUGGCACUGGAGGCGUUGUUUCUGCUCCCACUCCUCGCCACUAUGUCGUUGUCAAUGGAGAAGCUAAUGCUGCUGACGUUGGCCACGGCCCUCACGCUGCUGAUGGUCAAUUUUGUGCGGACGGAGGCUAUAUUGCCGCUGGAAUUUCCACCGCCUUCGAGGGUGGUCAAGCCGGACAGUGUGUUGUUAGCAAGAGCGAGGAAUCUACCGACGGUCAAUACAUUCUCGCUGCCGGAACGCGUCAAAGUACUAGAAAUACGAAUCAGUACAACGGCUACGUGGCCAAGAUCAACUCGGCUACUGGUGAAACUAUUUGGGAAUUCGACUACACCGAUGGUGCCGGAGCUAGAUCAGGAUUCGAAACUGUUCAUUUGACCUCAGAUGGUGGAUUCAUCGUCGGUGGCUUCAUCAACCGAGAAGAUACUGAAAAACCAGGCUUCAAAUCUGGCGGACAAGUGGAUCAAGGAACACCGGUUAUGCACAAGUUUCCCGCUGCUCUCGCCUCGAGCAGUAGCGCUGGCUCGCCAAUACCCGAGUGGAGUUUUAUUUGCAACGGAAGCGGGAAAUCGUGCAAUCUUGAUGAUGGCUCAGUCAAGAACAUGCGCGUCUACAACGAUAGUGGCGUUGAAAAGGUUGUUGGUCUUCCUACCAGUCGAACUAUCCUCGUUAUCCUUGAUGCGGCCUCUGGUCUCGAACUCGCCUACUCUGGCGAUGGCAUCAACAACGGCUUUGUCGGUGAUGGAACUGCUAACGACAUCGAAGUGGAAUGGAACGCAAGUGGCGAUGUAUCUGGUUUCGUCACCACUGGUCUCCGAAACGUUCGAGUGCAAGUCGACAACGGAGUCAACUGCGGAGCUCUUGGCUGUUCCGUCAUCACUGGUGCAUUCACCAAGUACAGCGCCGAUCUUUCCACGAGGGAAUGGACGGUCGAUCUCCAAAGUGGAGACUGGCCAGGUGGAGCGAAUCAGUUCGCUUCUGUCGAUGCGACCCCCUACGAAUCGCUCGUGUAUACCGAGUGUUGGGGAAUGACAAGCGUCAAGGAUGAAGUUGGAAAUCACAUCGGAUACGUCGCUGCUUGUGGAACUGGCAUCGAACCUGGUUGCCUCAUCCAUCCAGAGCCAAUCCGAACAGAUUGCAGAAACGAUCCCCGAAAAGCGUGGAGGGGAGCCGUUGCCCGAAUCGAUCUAGCAGGCAACCUUCUUUGGUACAGCAUCAAAUCUUACCAAGCUCCGAAAUAUGGAGUGGGAGGUGUCAUGGAAUCCGGCGAGUCUGCUUCUGAAUACAUUUUCCAAACUCCCGAGGGGCGAAUUGUCUCUGUCACUGAUGAAGGAUUCGGAGGAUUUGGUUUUUUGACAUUUGAAUGCGAAACAGGCAUCUGCUAA